UCAUUCAACUUCAGACCUUUCUCGACGUUUUUAAUAGCAAAAUUUUUCUGUACGAGAAAUUAUAAUUAAUAGAUGAUUAAUCCUCGAAAACUACCACCAUUUGCUGAAAAAUUAUUUGAAUCGCAAGGAAAUUCCGAUAAAAAAUGGAGAUGAUUGAGUCAGAACGAGUUCCUGUGAAUGAAUCGAUGUCUCCAAUAGACUUGAACAUGAGUAAUAUGACAGUGGUGACCUUGAACCCAUUGAACUGGAUUAAUUACAAUAUUACCCCGAAGAAAUUGAAAAUAACAAAUACUGGGAAAAACGUUGUGGUAUGUGGAAAUUGGGAAAAAUCUACACCGCAUUUAUCAUCUGGCCCAUUGAGGGGUGAUUACAUGUUUUCACAAAUACAUUUUCACUGGGGACCAACUGAAAUGAUGGGGAGUGAACACUUCAUCGAUGGCGGAAGUCAGCCAAUGGAACUUCACGCCGUUCACUUCAAAAGUGAUUACAAAUCCCAAGAGAUUGCGAUGAGAGAGACCGAUGCUCCAGUCGAUUCCAAAUUCAUCACUUGAUAGUGUAAUUAAUAGUCUAGCAAUGAUUCAACCUCCGGACUCAUCAGUGC